CAUCGUUCUAGAUCCGGCUUCUCUGCUUCUCAUAAUCGGAGCCUGCGCCAGGAUGCUCCCUAGGAUCGCCAUCAUCGCGGCGCUGCUUCCCUUGCUCUACGGCAGGGAUGCGGUAGCGCAACAACAACCAGAACAAGAGCCCGGGGAUAAUGCGAUGCGGUUUCCAAACCGGUACAUCGUGGAAUACAAGCCAGGCUUCUUGCACGCCCGCAGCACGUCCCUCCUGUCGUCCCGCGAGGGAGUCAAGUUGCGCCGCGUCUUCGACAGCCCCGUCUUCUCGGGUGCCAGCGUUGACGUCGAUGCUCUAGAUGCUACCACCCUUGCAGCGUUGCCCGAGGUGGGCCGAGUGUGGGCCAACGUCGAGGUUCGGCUGCCCAAGACGCAGACGCAGCAGACGAUACUUUCGAGCGACGACGCAGCGGCUGCAAAGUACUCGACGUUUAUCACGACGGGCGUCGACAAGGUGCACGCGGCUGGGUUCUUCGGACAGGGUGUCAAGGUUGGAGUCGUGGACACCGGCGUCCAGUACACCCACCCUGCGCUUGGAGGCGGCAUCGGACCCGGCUUCAAGGUAGCAGGUGGCUGGGACUUUGUGGGUAACGGCAUGUGGCCGUACGAGGGUGACAAGCUGCCAGAUGCCGAUCCGAUGGACCAGCAAGGGCACGGAACCCAUGUAGCUGGCAUUGUCGCCGGCCAGAGUGACAACUGGUCGGGAGUGGCCCCAAACGCGACCCUGUACGCUUACAAGGUGAUGGGCAAGCUGGACCUGUCCGAUACGGAAACCCUAGUUGAGGCGUUCCUGCGAGCGUACGACGACGGUAUGGACAUCAUCACCUCGAGCAUCAGCCCGCCCUCGGGCUCCGGCGCCGGUUUCGAGACCAACUUGUGGGCCGAAGUGGCAUCACGUAUCGUGGCCAAGGGCGUGCUGGUCACCAUAGCCGCAGGAAACAGGGGCGACGAUGGGCUCUUGCUAACGGGCAGUGGCGCGUCGGGCACCGACGUGCUCGCCGUAGCCUCGAUCAACGUCGACAACAGCGCGGCCACGCCCGUCGACCUCCGCUUCACCGUCAACGGCGUUACCAACACCACGACGGCCGGCUACAUCCCCGCCACUGUGCCCCUGCCCUCCACCAUCAAGGACUGGCCUGUCGCGGUGCUCAACUUCAACACUAGCGACCCGGCCGACGGCUGCUCUGCCUACCCGCCCGGCACGCCCAGCCUGGUCGGCAAAGUCCCGCUGGUCCGUCGCGGCACGUGCACUUUUGACACGAAAGUAGAACACCUCGAGGCCCUCGGCGCCAAGUACGUGCUCGUGUACAACAACGACAGCCCCUUGCUGUCACCGCUCCUGGAGAGCGCGACCAGCAUGAUGGGCCUCAUCUCGUCCGCUGCCGGGAAGGCCAUCAUUGACGCUGUGCGCCAGAACGGGACCGUGCUGGCCGACUUCUCGCCCGAUUCGAGCGCCGUCGUGGGCGUGCCCAACCCUCUCGGCGGCAUGCCCAGCACUUUCACGUCCUGGGGUCCGCUGUACGACCUACGCAUGAAGCCCGACAUCGCCGCGCCCGGCGGCCUGGUCUUCAGCACGUACCUGACCGACAUCUACACUGUGCUCAGCGGCACGUCGCAGGCCACGCCGUUUGUCGCCGGCGUGGCGGCCCUGUACAUUGCCGCCAGGGGCCACGCCGGCGUGCGGACGCCCGGCUUCGCCCGCGACCUGGGCCGCCGCAUCGUCUCGAGCGGCAAGGCCGUGCCGUGGUCCGACGGCACUAUCACCGCCUUUGACUUCGCUGCCCCCGUGCCGCAGGUUGGGAAUGGGCUGGUCGACGCCGCCAAGGUGGUGCUGUACGACACCUCCCUCGACUAUGAUCCGCUCAAUCUCAACGACACGGCGCGUUUCCAGGCCGCCCACGAGGUCGUCGUUACCAACGCCGGGUCAAAGCCCGUGGCGUACACAAUGACUGUGCAGCCCGCGGGUGGCUUCGAGGGCCUGCUCGGUUGGGAUGAAAGCACACGCUCACCGCGCGUCAAGAAGUACGACGAGCUCGAACCACUAUCCAUGGAGGUGGACACAGAGCUGCCGUCUUCCUUCGUCGUGGCAGCCGGCGAGAGCAAGACAGUCUCUGUCAAAUUUCUGAACCCGACCGAAAAGGGCUGGAACGGGACUGCUUUGCCCUUUUACAGUGGCCAGGUUGUUAUGUCGGGAGACAAUGGAGAGCAACUGUCGAUGCCAUACUUUGGUCUCGCGGCCGACCUCCAAAAGGAAAUGUCGCCCAUCUUCAGGCCGGCUUUUCCUUACUCCAAGUCGGGCCUCUCAUUCACCGACAUCAAGACUAAGCCCUAUUACUCGUUCAACCUAUCCCGCCAGUCGCAGGACUUUCCCAAGAUCUAUACACAGAUCAAAUGGGGCACGAAGCAGAUCCGCUGGGACAUCUUCGAGCCUGGAUGGGUUGAAGACAAAUGGACUUAUCCACCGACAACAUCAAGCGGCUACAUCGGCCCAGCGACUGGCUUCACCCGGGCCACAGGCGGCUUCAAUCCAGCCACCCAGAACGCCAGCGACACCUUUACCUUCCCUGCCCUCGACGUCGAGCACGGUGGGGGUGAGUACUGGUGGUUUGGCAAGCUGGGGAAUGGCUCCCAGAUUGCGCCGGGCAACUACACAAUGCGCUUCGCGGCCCUUGUUCCCUUUGGCCCCCCCGAGGAUUCGAGUUCAUGGGACAUUUUCUCCACGCCGCAGAUCCGCGUGCUCCCGUGCCCAGGAUGUCCGCAACUAGCUUGAACGGAGAUACGCUUGGUCGGAAUUCAACCAUGAGGCCCAUUCGACAUUCUUGCACGCUGUUAAGUAUGCCUGAAACUCGUGUCCCUGUUCCACGUUGCGAUCGAGCCUUGGUUACGGCCAUCGUUGCCGCGGCCAAAUUCUCAAGAUGCGCGCAGAUGUCGAACGCGGCCUAUGUGUCUUCACUGGCUAUCUUGUUCGAUUCGCUGAACUUGUUGAAUGGAUGGAGAACUGUAUGAGGGUAGAUGGUUGAGGCUGCGAGAGCGAGAAGUGAGAUUUAUACAUAGACCGUACUCUUAUUCAAAUUCCCAUGGGAUUAUAUAAAGUUGGUUGCUCAACUUUGCGACUCUGCAUGCCUGUUUAGACCAUUCAUUAUCGGACUCGAUCUUUGGUAAUGAGUAGAGAAAUUCAGCGC